AUGGAGUUAGUUACAGUAGAUAAAACGGCCGAGAUCGUUAACGAGUACCGCAAGUACAAUGCGUCGUCGGCGCGUGAUGACGUUGAGUCAGGACGGGACUCUUCAUCUGGUGACGAAUCAAAUAGCGACGGCGAUGUUGGGCCAUACGCUAACAAGGGCGUGUCCUCCCCUCCAAAACCAAGGGAGAGGCGCGUGAGGCGCUUAGAUGACAUCGGUCCCAAAGCCGGCCAGAAAGAGGACAAGCGUGACAACCGAAAGGGGCAUAAGCGCCGUCAACAAAAGAGAGGCACUACUUCACAUGCUGCGUCUGAAGGCGACGAGGAGGUCGAGGACGGCGGACCCGUCAAAGAAGCUCCGUCAGCAGGCAGGCGUGCAGGACAACGCGGUAGAUGUUAUGACCGUAGCGGGAGGGCUGCGGAGUAUCAUGGCAGUCCAUCUGACCGCCUAGGAAUGUCUGCGCGUGGCGACGAGCAGGAACAUGGUGAGCUUGAAGGGCGUGGUGGUGGAAAGCGCAACAACGCGAAGGUGGCGGCGGCGGCCAAGGGCAGUCCCUCGGGGAGGCUCUCGGAGGACGUGGCUGGUGGCGACGAGCAGGAACAUGGCGAGCUUGAAGGGCGUAGUGGUGGAAAGCGAAACAACGCGAAGGCGGCGGCGGCAAAGGGCAGUCCCUCGGGGAGGCUCUCGAAGGAGGUGGCUGGUGGCGACGAGCAGGAACAUGGCGAGCUUGAAGGGCGUGGUGGUGGAAAGCGCAACAACGAGAAGGUGGCGGCGGCGGCCAAGGGCAGUCCCUCGGGGAGGCUCUCGCUGGAUGUGGCUGGUGGCGACGAGCAGGCGCUGCCCAGGCCCGUUAUAGAAGGGCUAGCAGAGCAGCGAGGUGGUGGCGGUAUCGAUCAGGAUGAGGACAAGCCGGCAGCAGUGACUGCUGGGAAAGAACAUGGACGUGAAGCUGUGAUUUCGUACAAACGACGCAAUGCUGUGGACUCGGCCGGUCGCGACCGAAAUGCAAGACAAGCUCGACAAGGGACGAAACUGUAUGUUUCGAGCUCGUCGGGUUCGGAGGAGGGAUCCAGCGACAGUGAGUCAGGCAGCUCAUCCGGGAAUGAGGAAGUAUACGAGGACGAGGAGGAGGAGGAAGAGGAAGAGGAGGAUGAGGAGUUGGAGCCGGAGAGCGAGGAUGAGGAGGAGGCUUGGCCUUUGAAGAGGAGGGGUGUGCGGAAGACCAAGAAGGGCAAUGGAAAGCGAAAAUCGGAGACAGGACGGGUGAAGAGCUAUAAGCAGAGUGUGCGUCGUGCCAAACCACAUGGCAAGCGCCAGAGACCUCGAUUCGAAGCUAAAAUUGUGGGUGUGCGUAGCAAGGAGAAGCGGGAGUUGGAUUUUUACGAGUCCAUGGGGCUACGAUGUCCAUCAAGCCCUCAUGAUCGGAAAGCCACCGACACGUAUGCUGCGUUACGCGAGCAGAUGGAUUCGUCUGGGAAGGGAGAUCCGAUCGCUUGGGGGUCAGCGCGGUUUGGCAGGGAAGCGACGGACCCGCAUGCAAAGCUUUCGGGGGGUCACGCGGUUCAGGUGAAAAUCGAGGGAGCAACGAAGCGGCACGAACCCUCGGCCGCCGCAGCAGCCAAUGACGGUGUGGGAGGAGGUGUGUGGGCGAAUUCCUUGGGUGAAUGUGGCGGCGGUGUGGAAGGCUCCAUGUGGGAUGUACGGGAUAGCAGGGGAGAAGGAGGAGACUUGAAAAUGGAUCCGGCGACUAAGGAGGGGAGGGGCGAGAGCAUGGGCACACCUGGCGCAUCCAGUCCGCCCAAUGUGGCUGGCGGCAACACGGUGGAGCAGCUCAUGCGGGAGCUUGCCCAGCGGGAUCGCGAAAUUGCGGCACUCAAGGCAAGGCCAGGAGCCAAAGGACCUGUCAAACCCUGCACCCCUCCGUCUAGGCCUCCUCGUAUUGCGUCUCUGUCGAGCGGCCCAUCUGCAGUGGGCCUCGAUCCAGGCGUGGCGCCAGAAAGCCCAUCAACGGUAGACGUACCGGUCCGUCGAACGCGUGGGAUGCCCAAGCCCAAGCUGCUGAAGGUGGAGCCCCUGUUCAUGGCGCUGCUUGUCUG